GCCAGCCGAAGGGGCAAAAGCCACAGCUCCUCCGGGAGGCAUGGGCUGCCCUGAUUUUCUAUGCCUCCUGUUCGUUUCGCGUAAGCCCUAAACCGGCGGACUUGCGCCGGUGCGAUGACGACUCGUCAUCGAUAUCCGCGCCUGACAGAUGCAGAAGGGCCCAAGCAGAUCCCGAAAGCUGUAUUCAUCGUAAGUAGAUAGAGUAGCUGCACAACACACCAGCACACCCAUUCCCAUACGUGUGUUUGUGUGUGUAUGUGGUGGCUGCAGGAGGACGUUGAGGAUUACAUCGGGCCUGCCAACCCACUAGAGGUGCACCGGAACCUUAAUGAACUGCUGCAGUAAGUCAGAAGGCACACAACACGUGCAGGAAGAUGACCGCCAGACAGACACACGCCGCCCUCGCAUGUGUGUGCGCGUGGCAAUGUUUGUGUGUCGCGGCUGUGCGCAGGAAGUAUCGAUUCAUGGAGGAGGAGUUCGGCAAGAAGCAGCGGGCGCUGCAGGAGAAGCUGCCCGAGAUCAAGGAGGCCAUCACAGUCAUCAAAUUCCUCAAAGACAGAAGAGUCAGUCAGUAUGUCUGAGGUCGACACAGGAAUGAACGUCGUGCAUGGUCGGUGCUUUUGGUUGUGUGUGUAUGUGUGCGUGUGCGUGUGUUGUGCAGGGUCAUGAUGAGCCGCUGGAGACCCACUAUCAGCUGGCCGACUGCAUCUACGCGGAGGCCAGUGUGCCGCCCACUGAAACGGUCUGCCUCUGGCUCGGGGUAAGCAGCGGAGGGAGGGAGUCAGUCAGUCAACACCACGCCACACCGCCACCCCGCCCGCCCCUGCUGUCUUUAUUCCUUCCUUUCUCUCUCUCUGUCGAUGUGGAUGCGGUGCGCCGGUUGACUCGACCCAUUCUGGAUUGAUCAACAAAGGCGAAUGUGAUGUUGGAGUACCCCUUGGACGAUGCUUUGGCUCUGCUCGAACAGAAUCUCAACACCGCCGCGGCCAGCCUCAAAGACCUGGUGCGUGUGCAUCCAAGUCACUCAUCUGUUGACCGACCGACUGAUCCACCCACGCGCACACUGUGUGUGUCAGGGUGAUGAUUUGGAUUUUCUGCGUGACCAGCGGACGACGACUGAGGUGAAUGUGGCCCGUGUGCACAACCAUAUGGUGCACAUCAAGGCCAAAGUCCUCGCCCAGGCGCAGACACAGGCGCAGAGCACCAGAGCAGAAGCCACAGGUACGUGUGCGCGACACCCGGGCUGUGGUGUGUGUAUGUGUGUGUGUGUAUGUGUGUGUGUGUGUGUGUGUGUCUGUGUGCAGACGGAGCCAACAACUAGAGGAGCCGAUUAGUGGAGUCUGAAAGAGUUUCAUGCUCUGUGAGUGUGUGGUCGUGAUACCGUCGGUGAUCACGCAUGGUGCUGUGCUGUGCUGCGGUCUGUCUGUCUGUAUAUAGCUCUAUACAGCUCUCCAGCUAGCUAGCUAGCUAGCUGGUCAGGUGUGCGUAUGUGUCAGACAAAAUAUGCAAUUGAGGAUGGGUGACACACAUACACACGUGCCUCCGUGCCUUUCAUCAAACAUACAUGUAUC